UUACCCAGUUAUUAGGAGACUAUUUUUGUUAGAAUCCAAAUAGGAUUCAACCUGCCUUAAAUUACUUAUUGAAAAAAUUACCGCAUAAAUAUUGAUUUCCUAAUGUUAAUUGGAAUGGGAGAAGGGUAGAUGCAAUAUAAAUACAGGACAAAACACAAUUACUAGUCAUUCUAUAUUCAUCAACAAUGGAGCACACAACUAUUGAUGUUAACAAAGAAGGUUUGGUGUGUCUAGGUUUUCAGGACAAAUGGGGCUUCUUUCUUGACAAUCUGCCGCACCAAUGUUUUAUUUGGAACUCCAAAUAUCACACCAAAAUUCAGCUUCCUCUAAUUCCUGACUUCCAAUACUUAAGUAAGAAAUUAAUCAAGUGUAUUGUCACUCCUUCUAUUACUAAUAAUACUCAGAGCUUACACAUUGAUCAAAAAAGAAGAAACAAUUAUCGAUUCAACGGUUACCUCUGCAACGUUUUUCUAUUCUUGAAGAGAGAGUUGUGUUUCCUGGUUUGUCGUCCUCCUUUAUACGCCCAGUGGGAAACUAUAAAAUUCGACAAGAGUUGGACGCCUGGAUUGUGUGAUGCUGUUGAAUUCCUGAACAACAAGUGUAUAUAUACUCUAUGUAUGAAUGGUAAACUAGGCAUCAUAGAAGAUUUACCAAAGAUAAGCAUGACUGCCCCGUUUUUGUUGUCCAGAGCACCUACCGAUAGUAUUGCUACGUAUAGGAGGAGACAAUUGAUUUCUUAUCAGAACCAAUUGCUUCUGGUUCAACAAAAAUUGGGAUCACCUUCUGUCAUGGAGGUUUGGAAUGUGGACUUGACGAUCAGACAAUUCAACAGAAUAUUCGACUUGAAUGGGAUGUAUAUCUUUUUAAGCAGAGGAUAUUCCUCGGCAAUAUACGCACCUGUUCAAGGAAAUUGUGUCUAUUUUACCGAAGAUGAUAAUGAUCACUGCAUAAGCAAAAGGGAUGAAUUAUAUGCCUUCGAUUUUAAGGAUCAAAGCAUAUUCAUGUCACCACAGGAGAACAUUUGUGUCCAUUGUAACCCUAAUAAUUCAAUUCCUUCAUUAAUGCCGGUGAUAUAUAAAACACAACAGAAUACUGGAGACGAUGAUUUGAAAAAUGAAUCAGAUGAAUUAACUCAUGUCAAGUGGCACAAUGCUAAGGAGCAAAUAGUUCAGCCCAAUAAUAACAUCUGUGACCUACUUUCUUUAGACCUUCAAAGGGAAAUUUCCCAAUACUUGCUUAUUCAAGACGCGCACUCUUACAUGAAUUUUCGUAGUGUGUCUAAAUCAUGGAAAUCACUUGCUCCACGCUUACGCUGGAAGGUUGAUGUGAAUACUACUCAUUCUUCUGAAUCCCUUCAAGAUUCUGUUUGGCUUCUGAGUAUAAACCAAGAAGAUGGUUUGUGUACCUUAUAUAAUCCGUUUACUAACUUGACUUGUUAUAUGAACAACAAUGAGUUGGCAGGAUGUGAAAUCCGUUAUUCAAAAAAUGGAGUACUUCUUGUUUCUAGAGGUCCAAGAUCUCUCUUCUUCGUGGAGCCUUUCAGAAAGCGAAUAAUUCAACUUCCAGAUCAAACUGAAGAUUAUUGUUGUGACACUAUGUCAUUCUCAGCUUCUCCUUUUGAUUCGUCAGACUGGAUGAUCUUUGGAAUAGUGAGUGUGGACAAGUAUCGCGUUAGAAUUUCAUAUUUGAGAGCGAAUGAUGAAAUUUGGACUAGUAUGAUAAUGGACAAUGAGGGAAUACCUUUUCUACUUUCAUGUUCUAGUCCUGUCUACUCGGGUAGUGAGUUUUUGGUCAUAGGCCAGGAUGGCAAUGUGGGUGUAUUUGGUUUCUUCCAAGGCGGCGUGUACUGCUACUGGCAGAUCAAACAGAUUGCUCAGCUAUACAAACCCCGACUUGCUUGUGUUGUUUGCCGUCACUUCCUGGUCAAGUGUGAUGAGCAAAAUUUACUUUACUCAGUGAUCGUUGGCGGUCAGACACGAGAGCAUGUUCGUGUUUAUCAACUCAAUUUUCUGCAAAAUACGGUUAAGUUAGUAAAAGAGUUCAAAACACGGCUUAUUUUCAUCAGUGAAGCCUCGUCUUUUUUCAUGCGUAGCACUAAAUCAGCAGGACUCGACGAUGCACUUCUCUUUCCCAAAUUCAACAGCAACGGUGAUUACAUUCACUAUUCUUUGAAGGAUGCAAGAUUUAAAGCAGGGAAAGAAAAAUGCAACGAUAUUUGUAGCAGAAAAGAACUUUUAGGACGUGUAUGGAUUCAUAGUAAAUAUUUAGCUCCUCAUGUUGGGUAUGAAAAUUGAUCUCCAUAUAUAGUAGAAAGGGGUAAAUUUUUCAUUGGGAUAUAUUUUUUUUUUAUGUUGUUGGCUUCAACUGAAUUUGCUUUAUCAUGUUCUCUCCCUCUUGAUUUCAUGUGGAUACACUUGUAAACAUGACUAUAAAAAUCAAAGCUAUAAAAUAAUAAUAUGUAUAGUGUAAUUUGACGAA